AUGGUUUGCCUGCGGUCCCCCACCCCUGGCAGCAGCCAGUGUGACUGUCCCCGGAACACGGAACAGGGCCGAGUCCUGGCAGCCGGAGAUGCCAGGGGCGUGCGGCGGCCAGGGCAGCCAGGUUGCCUGCGCUGGCUCUGCAGGGAGCCUGAUGAGGAGUACUCCGGCUGCCUUCUUGACCGCCCUCUGAUGCUCUGUGGAGCCUGGAAAACGGUCACUGAGUCGGGUGACCCACUGUCAGGCUUCAACUUCAGCCACGACCAGCACACGAGGGAGCCUGCGUCGGCCUGUGACUUAACAGGGACAUGCAGGGCUGUAAUGGAGAUCGGGAAUAAAGAAAAGUUUUCCAUAGGCAGGGGAUGGCUGUGCAAAGAAAACCGAUCAGGGAAAUACACGGAUGUGUUGUCAAGAAUAACUGGGACUACAUACCCACACAAGAUUUCCGAUAUUCUUCGAGUUAUCUCGGAGAUUUCCUGGCCACGGCCAAAUCCUGCUUGCUUUAGUCGCAAGUACAGCCCUUCUGAUGAGGCUGAGCAGCAAGGUAACGGCACCGCUUGUAACUCUACUGAGAGCCACAAUUGUGCCAAAAGUAUCUUGACCUCAGACAGGCUGCAGAUCGUUGUGACCCUGUCGGAGUUCUUUAACGAAACCUGGGAGGCAGCCAACUGUGCAAAUUGUUUAAAGAACAGCAGUGAGGGACUAUCAAAUGCUACUGUAGAAUUCCUGGAUUUAUUCAAUAAAUCUCUGACAUGUUUUGAACAUAACCUUCAGGGACAAGCCGUCUAUCUGUCACCAAAUAACUACACGGAAGUGUGUAAAAACUGCAAUGAAACCUACAAGAUGUUGAAUGACCUGUAUAACAACUUGCAAAGGAUCAACAGGCAAGGUGGUGAGUCUGGGCACUCCGCGCACUUGUGUAUCGACGUGGAAGAUGCAAUGAACAUCACUCGGAAGCUUUGGAGCAGGACUUUCAACUGUUCUGUUCCCUGCAGUGAUACCGUCCCAGUGAUUGCGGUUUCAUCCUUUAUUCUCUUCCUGCCUAUUGUUUUUUACCUUAGUAGCUUCCUUCACUCGAAGCAGAAGAAACGGAUACUCAUUUUGCCCAAGCGCAUCCAGUCAAAUGCCAGUCUUGUGAACAUCCAAGAAAAAUACAGCUGAGCUGCAAAACAAAACCUGAGAACUGCUGCUGGUAUACAGUGGGUACAAUUGUGUUGGAAUGAGGCCGGCACAAAAGAGGAGUUAAUUAUGGUUUAGUGUAAUGAUACAGAGCAACACAAGUUAAACAAAAUGCUGUCUGACUUCUAAGCAAGGAUAUUAACAAACAUGACAAGACAGGGCUGUGUGACACUGUAUGGACUCUGGCUUUGAACAAUCUGUGGUGGUUUUUUUUUUCAGUCUC